ACUCCGAUUUUAGCUGAAACUCCUAUUGCAAUGACAAUAGUAUCAAUCACCAUGUUUCAAUGGUUUCUUUACAUAUGUGUGGUGACCCUUAAAAAAUGCUUUACGUUGGGUGAAAUGUGCGUCAUAUCACAAGCUGCUGCUGUAGUUGUUCAUGGUGCCACAGAUAUUAUUCGGACAGUACACCUACAUAUUUACAUUACAGUGAUAUUUCUCCUAGUAUGGUUUUAAUACAUGCUCUCGUUGUAGGCAUGAUUUUUAUUGGUGUUAUCACUUAUCCUCUACUGCGUCAAUCUCGUCGUCUUGCUCAAAGGCCUUACUGGAGAUCGUUACCUACAGUGGAAAAUGCGUCUAUAUUUCAAAACAAGAAGCUUUUAGCCGGGGUUGCAUUCUAUAUUUUAACUGCUAUUAUUGUACUUUUCAUUAUUGCUCCCAUUACCAAGGCAAUAACUGGAGAAAAUCCAUUUAUGUGGACCCUUGAUUUCCUUUAUAUGUCACCAUCUCGCAUGUUUCUUUGUUUGUAUUGGUCACUCACCGUCAUUACAACGGUUGUGGUAUGGGUUCUCAUAUUAGAUUUUGUUCCCCAGUCUACUCAAAAUGAGCGACCUUUCUUCGGAUCUAAUAAUGGUGCUGAGGGUAAAGCCUUGACAAGUGCCUUGAACAAGAAGAGAAAGUUGUUUCAUGCAUUAUCCGUCAUAAUGUUUGUUCCCGGUGUCUUAUUCGAACUGGCUUUUCUUCAAUUGGCAUUUGGUGUUGCCCUUUCGGGAUUCAUUUACCUAGAAUAUUUGCGUUAUUUUGCUGUAUGGCCUUGGGGAAAAAGUCUCCAUGUUUUCUUGACAGAAUUCAUCGACAAUCGUGAUUUGGGUCCUGUAAUUCUCAGUCAUAUCUACCUUUUAUUAGGUUGUGCCAGUCCAGUUUGGUUGGGAAGUUCCAAUGUGUUAGCUAGUCUAUCAGGUAUCUUAGCAUUAGGGUUUGGGGACGCAGCAGCAUCGUUAGUUGGAAAGAGAUAUGGACGAUGUCGCUGGCCCGGUACAAAAAAGACAGUGGAAGGGACAUUGGCUUUCAUCGUGGCUGUUUUCAUUAGUUCUUUGUUAAUAAUGUACAGCUCAGCCCUUAUUGGUGUGGAUGAUGCGACUCGCUUUGUUGCUUCGGCUGGCCGAAGUGAAUGGUUGAAUUACUCAUUGGUCAUCACUUUAACAGCACUACUCGAGGCCUUUUCGACUCAAAACGACAACAUUAUCAUACCACUUUAUAUGUAUACCCUUGUUGUAUUGGGUCAUACACUGUAAAACAAAAUACUCGGCUUCUUUUUUUCUUUUCUUUUUUUACAAGAAACAAUAUAAUACAUCAAAAUUUAAUAAUAAAUAAAUAAAAAUGGGGGAGUAGGAGAAAAUGGUUAGAAAUUU